AUGAGCUUUUCAGAGGAACGAUUGGUAACGAAAUUGAAUGGAUUGGAUGAGACUCAAGAUUCGAUUGUGGGAGCUUCGAGAUGGGUACUUGGACAGCAUAAAAAUAUCAAGGAAAUAGCUAGAGCUUGGGACAGAUUUGUGAGUAAACCAACAAUCAACACACGCAGAAAACUGCUUGCGAUAUAUCUGGCUAACGAUGUGGUUCAGCAAGCUAAACACAAGCGUGUUAGCGAAGUGGGUACUGCGUUUGGGGAAAUCAUGCCUGGGACGCUGAGUCGUGUAUACCCGGAACUGAGCACGGAAAUGAGACAAAAAGUACGUCGUGUGGUGGAUAUUUGGAAACAACGACAGGUUUUCACGGAUUCGGUGCUGAAAAAAGUAUACGCUCAAUUGAAGGACACUCCAAAUCGGGCUUCGUCAUCUUCAACAGUAGCACCAGAACUCCAAAAACUAGUUGAGAUCUUCAACCAGCUCACCAAAUCCCAAGCUGGAGUCAGCUCCAACAAAACUCGGUUUGACUCAUCAGUGGAGGCUUUGGACCCCAGUAGUGCUGUGUACAUGGAGAAUUUCAAGACAAUUCAAAAAAUCGGCCAAACAGCCAAAGACGCAUUGCAAUUGUCGCUUGAGAGUCGGGAGAAGGCGGCAAAAGAGCUUCAAGUUCUGCUGGACUUUCAAAAUGAACAAUUGCAGCAAGACCAGAAUAUGAUCAGUGAAAUUGACGCCGUCCUUGCAGCCAAGGACCCACUAAGCUCACAGACUGCACCAGUGGAAGACGAGAUAAUGCCUGUUUAUGAACCCAGUGACGGAAGCGACAGCGAUACAGACAAUAGCGAUGUAGAAGAACAGGGCGCUAAGAAAAGAAGGCGUAAAUCUUCCACGCAGUCGACAGAAGAUAAAGACGAAGCGAAUAGACUGAAAUCAGUUGCCGUAGAGGCUCAACCCAGUUCAAAUGAAGAUGCAGAAUCUGUUGAUGCAGCUACGUACGAGCCCACGCCUGCGGAAGUCGCCGCCAACUCGCCCAUGGCAGUGACGUCGAGCAUCCAGGACUUACUGAGUAAGUUAGCUAGCUAA